AUUGCAUAUGUGUUUUUACAUUUUAUUUGUUUUAUUUUAUAAUCCUAAAACCCCCUAAUUUUGAUCUCAUGUAAUUUUGUUUAUUUGUGUAAAUAAUACUUCAUACUCUUCAUUAAUUCAUUAUUUGUUUAUGCAAUUACAUGUGUACCCUCAAUCCCCAGCUUGAACGAUCCAUACUUUUUUUAUAUAGACAACUACAUUUUACAUGGUUAAAUAGUGUGCUACAUUUAGCAUGUCAUGAGUCUAACUCAAGACUUUCUUUCUUACAAAGUAAGCACUUGUACCACUAAAUUAGAUGAUACUGGGCAAAAUCUAUACUUUUAUAUGAAAUAAUGCCGGCCUUGUAUCUUUAGUUUGUCUCGGACCACAAAAAUCUCAAGGGCUGCCCUAAGAAGAUACCGGAGGCGUGGUUUACAGCUCUCGUACAUAAUGGCAUGUAGUUGAAGCGAACGAGAGAUUCCUUGAGAGUAGUUGAAAGAACCAACAGUGACAUUGCUCGUGAAGGUACUCAUACGUCAAUAACCAAGGGCACAUGGCUGUUGGUACUGCUAGGUUCCUAUUUAUGUAUCAAAAUAAGGAUUGGUAGUAGCGAGUUAUUCAGUUUUGCUGCAGGUGGAAGCAUUUAUCAAGGAUGAGGUAAUAAUAAUGCAUGUGAUGGGGCAUUGGAUGUAGUCAACUAGCAGAGUCGUUUUCUGCGAUAAAUAGUCGAUUAGUUAAUUUUCUCUGAAACAUUAACUAAGAGAAAAUGACAGGAUUGGUGAAGUCAUUCAAAACAUGAGUACAGAUUGAACUGGCAGCCCCAGCCAAACUACCUCAUAAAGACAGCAUGUCAUUUUAAUAACACACACACUCACUCACUCACUCACUUCACUUCUCUCUAGCUCUGAUCUGUUCUCUUGCUACCAUGAUGAACAUGAAGAGCAGCACUGCUACUAAGAAGAAGAUGACGAUGAUGCCGAGGGGGUUCAUGUGCCACUCUCAGGCAGCAACUGCCGUCUGCGUGAGCAGCGCCGAUGCAGCUCGGUCCGCGAUCGUCCCUGCUGCUAGAAAUACGAGAAUGAUCAACAACUACAAUGUCAGGUACUCGAAGAUCGUUGAGUCACGUAGGUCUGGCAAUUUAGCUGAUCAUGGAAAAAAACCAGUCUUGUUGUCUUCCAUGAUCAAGAGAGAGUCGGCUUUGAACUACCACCACCACCACCAUCAUCACUCGAAGCCGAAGAUGUCACUGCAGAAAACAGCGUCAGUUCUACCUUCUACAGAUAAUGUCUUCCAGGUGGUUGUUAUGAGGGUUGCUCUUCAUUGUCAAGGAUGUGCUGGUAAAGUGAAGAAACAUCUUUCUAAAAUGGAAGGGGUUACAUCUUUCAGUAUAGACCUGGAGACAAAGAUGGUAACUGUAAGAGGACACGUGUCGCCAGUCAGAGUCGUGGAGAGCAUUUCCAAGGUUAAAAAGGCAGAGUUACUGCCCUGCAGUUGAAUGAAUGAAACUGAUGGAUCAGGUUAAAACUAGCUACCUUACUCCUUAUGGAAGGAAAGCCUCAACCGCACGCAAUUAAAUUCUUUCCUUUAAAUAUUUGUCUAUCAAUUUGUAUUCAGGUAACUGUUAGAAAAACUAAGGUGGUCCUCCCAAAAAUAAAUUGAUAUAAUUAAAGUGGGUUGCAAAUUUGAUUAUGUGAGCUGUAGUGAUGUUGAUGUAUCAAGGUUUAACAACUAAUUCAAGGACAAUUUUUGUUUC